AUGGGCCACUAUUUCGCUCGCUAUUCUCGCGAGUCAAGUGAGUCAAGCCAGUCAAGCGUGGACAGUGACGAUCGUAUGAGAAUUGUAUACGUUCUCAACGACACUUGUGCUGUGCCGAAGGGCCCCAAGAAACCACCACGAGAGAAAUACACCGAGGAGGAGGCCUAUUUCAUCUGGUACCACAGAAUCGACUUGAAUAUGCCAUGGAAUAAAGUGCUGGAGGCAUACAGUCGCAACUUUGCGGAGACGAGGAAGAAAGCAGGCCUACAAUGCCGCUUCUACCGCAUUGUGGACCAGCAUAAGGUCAAAAAGGUCCGCCAGCAAGGUCGUCCAGAACGCAACACUAGAGGCUAUCACAUCGAAAAGUUCGGGGUCAUCGCCCAAACCGACCGCAGGUACCACUGGAUGAGGCCAGAACAUUUAGAGUGUCAGCCCCUGCCAAGAUUGUGGGCUCGCCCUGGUGCUUGGGGAGGCCAGAGAUGA